CAAAUGGUAUGACGCGUUAUGUAAGGUUGAUGUCGAAGUUAAUGUAAAAGUUCAUGCAUUUCUUAAGAAACUCGGACACGCAAUGUGUUACAAGGCUUUUAUUCGAAAAACAAUUACGAAUUCGAAAAGCUCAAUCGAAAGAUCAUCAAAGCGACAAAAAAUGUUAAAUCUCAAAAAAGAUUGGAGAUUUAUAACAAAAUUAUAUAACAGAGCUUAUUUGAUUUUGCGAUUUCGCUUUAAAUUGUUACGCGUACGUUAACGUACGUUCUACUUUAUCAUAGAUAUCGCACUUCUUAAUGAAUUAGUAUGUAAUAUAUAUGUAUACAGAUAUUUCGUAUCUUUUCGUUACAUACGUGCAAAAAGUAAUCUUGAUUAUCACUGCGAUACCACAUUCGGUAUGAUAGUGUCGCUGUUUACGAGACAUAAUGCGAUCAUAGAGCCCUCCCACGUAACAUAUACGGCAAAAUCUUAUCUGUAUAGUGAAUUACUGAGUCGUAUAACGUCAGCUAUUUAGUAGAAUGCACUACAGCGUAUGGCGCGCAUCGAGUCUUACAUCACGCGCGUAUAGUCGCCUUUUUUUCGCCUUUUGAAAUGGCUGCUCGCCGAGGUAAAAACUUUAGUGAUACGUGUAAUCGUUCGGAAGCAACGACAGAUGGGAAUAUUUUCAAAAUGAUGGACUCCGACAAUUCAGUUUGUGCGAGCAAAACGGAAAAUCAUUACAGUAACGGCAAGUCGUGGGAAAAAUCGACAGAAGAAUCGUUUCUCGUCAAGUAUCGCGAUCGUGUUUAUAAUAUUUAUAACUUCCUGAAUUAUCAUCCCGGUGGAAAAACCACGCUCACCCGUCUCAAAGAUCAGGUUUUGGAUGGAGAAUUAGCAAAAAAUCCUCAUUCCAAAUCUGCGUAUUACCUUCUCGAGGAAUUUGCUGUGCGACAACAAGAAAGAUACAACGAAUGCGAAAAUCUAAUAGACUGGAACGCGCCAAUCUUAUGGCAAGUGGGUUUUAUGGGCGAUAGAUAUUGGGAAUGGGUUAAUCUACCAGUUAAUCGACCUAUUCGAUAUUUUCAAUCAGAUAUUUUAGAGAUGUUAUCGAUUACGCCCUGGUAUAUUUUGCCGAUUGUCUGGCUGCCCAUAGCUACGUAUUUCUUUUAUGUGGGCUGUGCCUCGAAUAUUUCGAGAAAUAUCGCGAUUUCAGCACAAAACAUUUUACCGUCUUUCAUUUUGGGACUAUUUAUCUGGACCGUUGUGGAAUAUUUCGUUCAUCGGAAAAUAUUUCACUUUGAACCACCGCAUAAUUCGAAAUUGCUGAUUACUCUGCACUUCUUGUUCCAUGGAAGUCAUCACAAAGCACCAUUGGACGAACGAAGACUAGUAUUUCCACCGACAUUCAGUUUAUUUGUGGCGCUAAUUGUCUGGCAUCUCUAUAAAGUCAUUUUUCCUUCGGCAAUAGUUCAUCUUGUCGCUGCUGGUACUAUGACCGGCUAUUUGUGUUAUGAUUUAAUACACUAUUACUUGCACAAUGGAGCACCCAUAGCAGGAUCAUACUUAUAUACGAUGAAAAGAAGACACAACUAUCAUCACUUUGUACAUCAUGACCAAGGAUUUGGUGUUACUAGCGAACUUUGGGAUCGAAUACUUAAAACAAACCUAAGUCUGCGAAAAUUAAAUGAACCCUUAAAGUGGUAAAAUGACUCAAAGGAAAUACGACAUUUAUAUCGCGAUAGUAUUUCGUUCAUUCAAUAUUUUUAUUGUACAAAUAAUAAUUUAUUAAUGACGUACAUCACAAUUGUGAUUAUAAUAAGUACAGAAAGUUAUUUUUAUGUAAGUCAUUACGCUUUCAAACUUAACCAGAGUUAAACCAGUAAGCGAUUUAAGUACACAAAUCUUUAAGAGAGAGACUCAUUAAAAACUUUUUAUAGCAUAUUUUUAAGCGAUUAAACAAUAAGUCUUUUAAAUAACUAUAUAUAGUAACGCAGUCACAAAGUAAAAUAUUAACAAAUUUGUAUUUUAAUAGCUUUGCAUUUACCUUCAAUUUGAUGAAAUAAAUGUUGUAUUAAAACGA